CAGCAGCGCAGCCUCGACCUCAGCAACGCAGCAGAGGACGGAUGUCCGCCAAACAUUUCUGGAGGAUGACGCAAGGCAAGGUCAUGGAGGGCGUCUUCGCCAUCAACAAACCUACCGGCCUCUCCUCAGCUCAGGUCCUGCGCGACCUGCAAAAACACUUCAACCCCUCGGAGCUGUUCGCCCCGUGGAUUCAACUCGAGAAGAACAAUCGCGCCCGCGAGAAGGCCAAUCAGCGAAAGCGACGGAGAGACCAGAGAAUCCAGGUCAAGGUUGGCCACGGAGGAACCCUCGAUCCGUUGGCGACAGGUGUCUUGAUCACCGGAAUUGGGAAGGGCACCAAGUCGCUGCAGGACUUCUUGGUGUGCACCAAAGCGUAUGAGACGGUGGUCUUGUUUGGGACAAGCACCGAUACCUACGAUCGGGUCGGGAAGGUGCUCGGGAAGGCGCCCUAUGAGCAUGUCACCAAGGACAUGGUCGAGAAGGCGUUGGACCAGUUUCGAGGGAAGUUCAUGCAGUUGCCUCCUCUCUACUCUGCGUUGAAGAUGGAUGGCAAGCCUCUGUACGAAUAUGCGCGAGAAGGAAAGGAGAUACCAAGGAAGAUUGAGAGGAGGGAAGUAGAGGUGCUGGAGUUGGAGUUGGUGGAGUGGAUGGAGGGUGGAACACAUCCGCACAGGGCCCCGACAGAUGAAGCAGGCCAUGCGGAAGUGAACCUUGCGAACAAGGUGUGGAAGCAGGAGAAUGUGUUGCCGGCAGGUACGAAGAGCGAGAAAGAGGACUCACAGGGUAGGAAGAGCCAAGACUCCAAAGUGAGCUCAGAGGAUGAAGCCUUGGAGGAAUUUGAAAGGAAGAAGAGGAAGUUGAGCGAGGACCAAGACGAUCUUGUCAGGGAAAGACCACCCUCGAAGCGGAAGGUAGUGACGUCGUCACAAGAUGCAACGAUGUCCGGUGGACUGCCGCCUCCUGCUGUUGAAGCGACUGGUGAGGAAGGUGCAGUUGAGCCGGAAGGGGUACUUACCUCGGAUGAAGUGCCAAAAGCGACAAUCGAGAAAUCCCCAACACCCCCAGUGAAGGGACCGCCAGCAGUCAAGCUGCGGAUGAAAGUGACGUCUGGCUUCUACGUGCGCUCGCUUUGUCAUGAUCUCGGUGCAGCAGUUGGGUCAGCAGCACUGAUGGCUGAGCUGGAGAGAACAAGGCAGGGAGAGUUCGAGCUUGGAAAGAACGUUUUGGAGUAUGCAGACUUGGAGAAGGGAGAGAAGGUCUGGGCACCUAAGGUUGAGGUGAUGCUUGAUGCGUGGUAUGAGCAAGAUUCCCGGCGUCCUAGAACUGAGAGAAUCGUCGAAAGAACUGGAAGUGGAGAGAGAGAUGAGAGAAGUUCUGAGCAUCGCGAGAAGGAUAGACAGGGUUUUGGCCGGAGCGAGAGACACGAGCGAAGUGAGAGAGAUCACCAUCGCUCUCGACGUGACGAGAGAGGCAAUCGUCGCGACAGCGGCGGAGUGAAAGAGGAGCGGGGUCCUGAAGGCCGCGAGAAGCACUGGAUCUCACCGCCGCCAAGUCAGAGGGAUCACCACGGUCCUCGGCGUGAGGAGAGAGACGAUCGUGGAGAAAGUCAUCGACCAAGAUCUGAACAUCGCGAGAGAGAACGGCAAAGUCCUGGGCGUGGUGAGGCAGGCAGGCUGAGUCCAAGAGAGGAUGAUGUGUAGUGAAGAAGGACGAGAAGGAAGAUGGCUGACGAUGGUGUGGCACCAAGGAGGCAUAUGGCUGAUGAACCUCUGUCAUCAAUCGGAGAUGGCAGAUGGUUGAGAAUGUUGUGUCAUCUCGGAAGACAAAGAUGGUUGAAGAAGUUCAGUUCUCCAUCGACGGUUGGGGAGAACUUAUACUUCUUUCUGAGAGGGAAGGAGCUACUCGACACUUUCCACCAUACGCCUCUUCAAAAUUCGAUGGAACGUCAGAUGAUCUACCGGAAGGAGCUGAUGCUAAGCUCACUGUAUAAUAGAUAACCCAAAACACAUAAAAGAGGACCUUUCCCCAAGUCGCUAGCAAGUAGAGCGUGAUGCAGUCAAGACGCAGUGCAAGCGUUCGAGAUAAACAGCAACUCGGCCAGAGACUCUUCACGCCUCUCGCCUUUUUUCUCAUAUCUUUGGG